GUGGAGCAGGUGUUUGACACAAAAACGACAGCGUUUUUUUGUUUCUUCUGCAAAGACCUAAACCUCCACCAUUACGUGCCGCCUUUCUUCCUUUCUAAACUAGUAAUCUGCACUCUCCCAAUCCCUCCCUGUCGGACUCUGCGCCUCUCACUUCACCAGACACUAGUCACCGCCGAAGGCACCAACUGCCACCGUCCUUUCUUCAAUCAACACACCACUCUAUUCGAAGAAAGGUUGAUUUAGCCUUUCAUGUCACUCGCGUCUCGCUAACUCUUUCACCCAUCCUCUCUCAUCUUCGGUACACCGCUAAAUCCCUUCAACUCCUCCUUUGGUGUUUCUACACUUCUAUUGCUGCCGCUGUCUCUUAAACUACUUCAUUCCCGAAGAUUAAGAAUAAGUUUCAACUACUCCCAAAUUAGUAGUUGUGUUCUUCAAUUUCAAUUUUUUUUUUUCAGUUCGCAGAGAGGCCACUAAAGCCAGUUGCUGCUUAGCUACAAAGUUGUUUAUUAUCUUAACGAUGAAGGAAGAAGAAGUGAACAGGUGCCAGAUUCAGGAAUGGUACCCAAAAUUCAAGUCUGUCUCUAUCAGAACUAUUAUUCAUGAACUUCCAGAAUCGUUUGUUGAGUACCUUCUUGAUGAUUCAGGGCCCUUUAUCCUCCCCAUUUCUGUUUCUAAUGAAGAUGCUUUACCCAAUAGGAUCCAUAAUCCUAUAGAUGAAGAGGAUUAUCAAGUUUCAGAAGGGUCUGGAGAUGAAGCAGAGCAACCUAAGUCACCCCCAUCUUUUCCAGAACUUGAAUUGAAGAUUAAGGAAUCAAUUGAAAUGCUUGGAGGUGCAGUUUUUCCUAAGCUGAACUGGAGUUCCCCAAAAGACUCUGCUUGGAUUAGCACAUCUGGAACCCUCCGCUGCACUUCAUUCAGUGAGAUUGUGCUGUUGCUGCGGUCAUCUGACUCAUUGGUCCAUGAUUUGUGCCAUGCCUAUGAUUCAUGCAGUGAAAAAACCUUGUCAAGACCUCCAAGUUUCUUCCUUGCACUCAGAAAGUGGUACCCAUCUUUGUUGCCUGAGAUGGAAUUCCGUUGCUUUGUUCAGGGACACCAUCUAGUUGGGAUCUCACAGCGUGAAGUCACUACAUUUUAUCCUUUUCUUCUUGAGAAGAAACAUGAUUUUCAAAUGCUGAUUGAGGGUUUUUUUACUGAUAAUGUGAGGCUGAAUUUUGAGUCAGAGAACUACACAUUUGAUGUUUACAUCACCAGGGAUGAGCGUGUUAAAAUUCUGGAUUUUAAUCCUUGGGGAGCAUUUACACUUCCAUUGCUUUUUACUUGGGAGGAAUUAGAGCAGAAUGUGAGAGAAGAGAACAGUGUGGACUUCAGGAUCGUGGAGAGCCAAUGUGGAAUUCGGCCAGGACUGAAAACAGCUGUUCCAAAAGAUUAUCUGGAUACUAGUCCAGGAAGUGGUUGGGAUCAGUUCUUGAAGAAAGUUGAUGCAGAGUUCAAGCAACAAGGAAUUACUCCUACAAGUGGAUCUGAUGCUUGAAGAUUUUGAAGGUAUUUUUAAAUUUUCGGUUGGUUUCAGGCUGUCAGUGCAGUACUUCUCAAACCUGUUUUCAUAUUCCUCCUGCAACCUGCAACAAGAAAUUAGUUGUUUUUGGACUACGCUUGAUUUUGUACAUUGACAGGAUAUUAAAAUUGGGAAAUGGCAAGCAUGAAGAAUUGAUGAAA